AUGGUGAAGAGAACUCGUUGGCGAUAUGCUCCGGCUACACACAACUACAGUGGAGUGGGAGGGAUCGCACUUGGUGAAGGGAUUUUGGUUGCGGACUUUUUGCCAAAUCUGUACUCGCAGGCGAGUUCAGUUGAAUUUGAUGCGUUUACUGAUAUGGGGGACCCGAUUUAUUCUACUUUUAUGAAACAUUUGGACAGUGCACCGUUGUUGGAGCAGGUUGAAUCGGACUGGAAGAUUUAUGUGAGUAGUGAUUUUGACGGUGGGCCAUUUAAGUAUAGCAUCUAUCCGAUACUAUAUUCUUUUAUGUCUAAUCUGGUUAUCACGGUUGGUUUAACUGUAAUAGUAUUCUUUAAUGUACGAAAGAAACCGUAUCGGGGUGUUUCUAAGUUGUUGCGAGUUGGUUCGUUGCUAGCAUGUGUGAACUUAAUAGUUUUUAUUUUGAAGGCUAUGAUAAGGCUCUAUCACCACUAUAGUGACAGUGGGGUGGUGCCAAUGAAUGAGGUUUUGAAUAUGUUAUGGACAGAUACUGCGUUUACUUCGGUAGAUUUAGUGGCCGUUUUUAUUUUCCAGCUUUGCCAGGUGCAAACGGUAAUGCGGUGCUUUGAUCGUGUACAAGAGAAAAGGUUGGUAUCUUUAUGUGGGAUCAUUCUAGCGGUUGUCACCCAAGUAUUGUGGGCUAUUCCUCCAUUUUCUGAGGCUGUGAGUGGCCAUUUUAUGCCUCUUGAGACGGAUGGUGAUAUGGACAUCUUGUCUCCGUUUGUGUAUUUGGUACGAAUAGCGCAAUCAGGGAUCUAUGCUUCUUUGGUAUGUCUGCAAAUCUUCACCAAGAGGAAGCUGUGCGUAAAAGGUCCUCAGAUCAUCAUGUUAACUGUGCUAACCCUGUUUGUGGUCUUGUUACAGCCAACCUUUUUUAUCGUUGACGUUACGAAUGUUUGGAUCGAUAACCUAAGUGAAAUUUUUACUACAACAUGCUAUAUGGCUUCUACAGUGAUUGUAUGGGAAUGGAAUGAUAGGCUUUCUGUUCUAGAGGGGAAGAAGCAGGCGCAGAGUAUACUUGGAAGACCUGUUUACGAAGAUGAAGAACAAGGUUAUUAUUUUGCCAAAUAUGCCUUAAAAGUACAGACUGCAGUAACUAGGGGGCGUACUAAUAAUGCUGAAAGUGAUCAUGUUAACGAAGACAGGAGGCUUACGGGAGGCGAUGAUUCCUCAUCCAAUGUGUUAGACAGUUCAUCCCAAACCAGAGAUGAAUACCCUCCUAUUCACAUCCAGGAGGGAGAGCAGCCGACUAUUGUUGCCUUUAAUAAGCCCCAGAGAAUCUGGGAUAAAGCUCAUUAUAUUCUAGAUUCCAUUGUGUAUUAUACAGACAAGAUCAUUGUGAAAGAGCUUGGGAAUUUUACGUCCAGUUUGUCCUCUAAAAGUACCGCUGAUGGAGAAGAACAAAGACACCGAGUAAGAAAGAGGGUAGGCCUGGAUAGGACAAAUAAUGUUUACGUUUAUAAGACAAAAGACGUUGUUUUUGACUCAGCAAGCGAUAUCAACGGUUAA